AUGUCAGCUGUCAAAGCUCCAUCUUAUACGAAAGACGUUCAGAUCGAGGAAGAUGUUAGUUUCGAGGCAUUGAUUACCAAUCGUCAACUUCUGCGGGGCGUUUUAGAAGCCGGAUAUGAAAGUCCUUCGCCUAUACAACUAAAGGCAAUUCCACCAGGUAAGCUGGGCCUGGACGUUAUAGCACAGGCCAAGUCUGGAACGGGGAAGACCAUUGCAUUCGGUAUAGUGGCUUUAGAAAUGAUUGAUCCGAAUGACCCUCUACCUCAAGUACUUAUAAUUGCUCCAACGAGAGAAAUUGCAAUACAGACCCAGGAUGUCAUCGCAUCUAUCGGAAGAUUUAUGAAAAAGCUCAAAUGUCACGUAUUCAUUGGUGGAUUUUCGGUCGAGGAGGAUUGGAAAAAGUUGGAGAGAUGUCAAAUUGUUGUUGGGACACCCGGCCGUCUAGAAUUUCUGCUGAGUCAAAAAAAACUGCCAAUAAAGAGUCUAAGACUGGUUGUAUUAGACGAAAUUGAUAAACUGUUGGAUCAUAACUUUAGACCCGUGAUAAGAAAAAUCUUCACAAAGCUUCCGUCCAAGAAACAAGUAAUGGUAUUCUCAGCAACCUACGAGGAGCAUCUAUUAAAACAGCUCCAUAAUAAUUAUACGUACGAACCACACCACGUCAUGCUUGCGGUGAACACACCGUCGCUCGAAGGUGUUACACAAUACUACCAAGUAGUGUCGCCGCCUUUAGAUGAUAACUGGGUUGGAAAAUACAAAUUCUAUGAAGAAAAGUUCAAGAAGCUCGCCGAUUUAUUGUCGCAAGUUCCAUUCUACCAAUGUAUAGUAUUCAUCAAUCAUCGCGGAAGAGCUGCAGACUUGGCAAAUUAUUUGACAAAGAAUGGUUGGACGGCAAUGAACAUAUCAGGCGGUCUUGAUCAGAAAGCAAGGUUGAAAACAAUGUCCAAAGCACGUAAUUUCCAAUUGCGUGUUCUUGUCUGUAGUGAUCUGAUUGCAAGAGGAAUAGACAUAGAGAGAGUGAAUCUGGUUGUCAACAUAGACAUGCCAAAAGACCCAGAGACCUAUUUGCAUCGAGUGGGCAGAACUGGUCGAUACGGUACCUAUGGAUUAGCCAUCAGUUUUGUAGACAAAGACGAAAUGGAGUUUCUCGAACAUCUGCAGACUCAUUAUGAUGUCAAGAUGGAGCCGCUACCAGACGUUAUUCCCAAUGAGCAUCAUCAACGACCGUUAGCAAGCGAGGCUGAUAUGAAGGCAUAUGAAAAGCUCUCUAGUGCAAGAGAGAAAAUAGAGAUGGAAGGCGACGCGAUUCCAGUAAUAUUAACAAAGCCUGAAAGUGAAAAUAUCGAAGCUUGUAUGCAAGAUGUCACUGAUGAUGAUGACGAUCCCAAUGACAACGAACAAGACGAAGAAGCAAACUCGGAAAUUUCGUCCCAGUAUUGGGAUUAUCCGUAUCAUGGCUACCAUUGGACUCAUCCUUGGUAUGCUUGGCCAUAUUAUCGUACAGCCCCGCAACCGUAUUAUAACAGAUACGAAGGAGACUUUAUACCACCUGAUAUACCAUUCUGA